AGCGCUCAUCUGGCACUGAUUGCCGGCGUGACUUUGAACAGUCUGGCCGUGGUGCUGGUUGUUCAGCAGAACCGGAGUCGCUGGACCCCCGCACCUGUUCUGCGUUUGCCAUGAGGCUGCUGGGCGCAGCCGCUGUUACGGCUCUGGGACGCGGGCCGCUCCCGCGGAUCCCUGCUGUCCUGGGCUGGCAGGGGAAGCAGGUUAAUUGGAAGGUCUGCCGAUGGUGUUCUUCGGAGGUGAUUCCUAAUGAAAGGAUAAGAAAUAUUGGAAUCUCAGCUCACAUCGAUUCUGGGAAAACAACUUUAACAGAACGAGUGCUUUACUACACAGGCAGAAUUGCAAAGAUGCAUGAGGUGAAGGGUAAAGAUGGAGUUGGUGCUGUCAUGGAUUCCAUGGAACUAGAGCGACAAAGAGGAAUCACUAUUCAGUCAGCGGCCACCUAUACCAUGUGGAAAGAUAUCAAUAUCAACAUUAUAGAUACCCCUGGGCACGUGGACUUCACAAUAGAAGUGGAAAGGGCCCUGCGAGUGUUGGAUGGUGCAAUCCUUGUUCUCUGUGCGGUCGGCGGGGUGCAGUGCCAGACCAUGACUGUAAAUCGGCAGAUGAAGCGCUACAACGUGCCAUUUCUAACUUUCAUUAACAAACUGGACCGAAUGGGCUCCAACCCUGCCAGGGCGCUGCAGCAAAUGAGGUCUAAACUAAGCCAUAAUGCAGCAUUUAUGCAGAUACCCAUUGGAUUGGAGGGUGAUUUUAAAGGUAUUAUAGAUCUUAUUGAAGAACGAGCCAUCUAUUUUGAUGGGGACUUUGGUCAGAUCGUUCGCUAUGAGGAGAUUCCAGCAGAAUUCAGGGCAGCAGCAGCUGACCACCGGCAGGAGCUGAUUGAGUACAUUGCUAAUUCAGAUGAGCAGCUUGGUGAGAUGUUCCUGGAAGAAAAAGUCCCCUCAAUUUCUGAUUUAAAGCUUGCAAUCCGAAGAGCUACUUUAAAUAGGUCAUUUACUCCAGUCUUUUUGGGAAGUGCCUUGAAGAACAAAGGAGUUCAACCGCUUUUAGAUGCUGUUUUAGAAUACCUCCCAAAUCCAGCUGAAGUCCAGAAUUAUGCUGUUCUCAAUCAGGAGGAUGACUCAAAAGAGAAAACCAAACCCAAAAUCUUAAUGAACUCCCAAAGAGAUGAUUCCCACCCAUUUGUAGGCCUGGCUUUUAAACUGGAGGCAGGUCGAUUUGGACAGUUAACUUAUGUUCGCAAUUAUCAAGGACAGUUGAAGAAGGGCGACACCAUCUAUAAUACAAGGACAAGAAAGAAAGUGCGGGUGCAGCGGGUGGUGCGCAUGCACGCUGACAUGAUGGAGGACGUUGAGGAAGUAUUUGCUGGAGACAUCUGUGCAUUGUUUGGCAUUGACUGUGCUAGUGGAGACACAUUCACAAACAAAGACAAUAGUGGACUUUCUAUGGAGUCAAUUCAUGUUCCUGAUCCUGUCAUUUCAAUAGCAAUGAAGCCUUCUAACAAGAAUGAUCUGGAAAAAUUUUCAAAAGGUAUUGGCAGAUUUACAAGAGAAGAUCCCACAUUUAAAGUCCACUUUGACACCGAGAGUAAAGAGACAAUUGUAUCUGGAAUGGGAGAAUUACACCUGGAAAUCUAUGCUCAGAGGAUGGAAAGAGAAUAUGGCUGUCCUUGUAUCACAGGAAAGCCUAAAGUUGCUUUCAAAGAGACCAUUACUGCCCCUGUUCCGUUUGAGUUUACACAUAAAAAACAAUCAGGUGGUGCAGGCCAGUUUGGAAAAGUGAUAGGUGUCCUGGAGCCCCUGGACCCAGAGAACUACACUAAGCUGGAGUUUUCAGAUGAAACUUUCGGGUCAAAUGUUCCAAAGCAAUUUGUGCCUGCUGUAGAAAAGGGGUUUUUGGAUGCCUGCGAGAAGGGCCCUCUGUCUGGUCACAAACUCUCUGGGCUCCGGUUUGUUCUGCAAGAUGGAGCACAUCACAUGGUUGAUUCCAAUGAAAUCUCUUUCAUCCGCGCAGGAGAAGGUGCUCUCAAACAAGCCUUGGCAAAUGCAACAUUAUGUAUUCUUGAACCCAUUAUGUCUGUGGAAGUGAUGGCCCCCAAUGAAUUUCAGGGACCGGUGAUUGCAGGGAUUAACCGGCGCCACGGGGUGAUCACGGGACAGGAUGGGGUUGAGGACUAUUUUACAUUGUACGCAGAGGUCCCUCUAAAUGAUAUGUUUGGUUAUUCCACUGAACUUAGGUCAUGCACAGAGGGGAAGGGAGAGUACACGAUGGAGUACUGCAGAUAUCAGCCAUGUUCGCCAUCCACACAAGAGGACCUCAUUAAUAAGUAUUUGGAAGCUACGGGUCAACUUCCUGUAAAAAAAGGAAAAGCCAAGAACUGACCUAUCUCACAUUGACUAACUGGAACUGAAUUUGCAGGGUUUAAAUAUUUUAAUGGCUUCCAGUGGAAUGAAUUCAGGCAGAAACAAGGAAUUUUAGAAGCCCUUUGUCUUUUAUUCAGAAGCUCUUAUCAUAUCAAAGUUAAUUCUAUGUAUGUCUCAACUCUGUUGACUGGUUUUAUAGUUCACUGGAAAACCUUAAAUAAAAUGUGAUUAUUACCAAAGUAUAUUAAUAUUUAUUUUAAGGGGGAAGAGACAUAUUAGUUAUACUUCUAAGCUUAGAAUGUGUAUAACGUUCCUUUCAAAAUUUUUAUCAUAGAAUUUUUAACACAGAAAAGCUGAAAGGACAGUACAAAGAAUAGCCAUAUACCUUCCAUCUAGUGUCAGCAAUGAACAACUUUGUUAAGAAUUUGUUAUUCAAAUAAUUUAUAAUAAUUGUUUUAUGUGUUUGAUGUCUAUGUCUCAUGCUUUUAUAUUUUUAAUUUUUAAAAAAUUAUUGUUUUGCUAAACACUUGAAAGUGAAUUUUAUAUAUCUUGACCCUUCUUGGAGUGUCAUCCUUUAAUAAGCAGGCUUUUUUGUUUAAGAGCAGAUUCCCUAUGAUCGUAAUAGAGAAUGUUUUCCAGAUUCUUCAUUGGGAUAUUCACAUGCCAGCUAAAUUUCUAGCUGUUUUAUGUAGAGCUGAUUGCUUCAUCCUGUGGGUUCUGCAAAUUUGUAGCUGUCGCCUUUUAGGAGUAUAAAUAUUACCUUCUGGAGGACCUGCGAUGUGAAAACAGACCCAUCCUUGCAUGCGCAGUUGUUUAUGUUCAUCUUAAGGUUCCUGCAGCUCUAAAUAAUAAACUAUAAUUUUCAGAGUU